UUAUAUAGCAAAGUGGCUGCAAAGUGCAAACAAAUCGUGGAGAUACAUUCUCAGCAGAAGAGAAGAGAGCUGAGAGCAGAGAGCAGAGAACUCGUGUGGAGCGCGUGUGAUUAUUCUCAAGGGUGCAGGCAUCCCAUCUACCAGUUACAAUCGAGUGAAAUAUCAGUCACAGUGAAUACCAACCAGUUUUUGGAUUAUCUUUCAUGGAUAUCUGUGGAUUAGUAGCUGAAUUGGCGCACUAUAUUGAUGCAUAUGCUUUCGAUUGUUCAGAGUAAUUAAUCGAGUAAUCGAGUAAUCGAGAAGGAGGAAGGCAGCGCGCGAAGAUGUAUUUUGAACGCAAGCAGGUGCGCAAAAAAUACUAGAAAAUACUACCAGAGUAGAUACCGAAAAAGUGCAGCACACAGCAAGAGUGAAGAGCGAAAAGAAGUCCGCGCUGAAAGCCUGAAAACUCAAGACCCACUGAGUCGGGGAGACACACACCCCAGAAAGCGGUAGAAGGAGAACUCGAACUCCUGCCUGACGGAGGAGCUGGAGCUGUAAGAGAAGGCCAAGCCUUUCCUUCAAUUUUUUUGUAACAUUUUGCCAGGGACAAGUCGCUUGUCCCCAGCCAGAGAGAGCGUGUAAGGAUAACGGCCACAAAACGGCGACCGUCGGCUAUCAAACGAUGAUGAAACGACGCUGGUCGAACAACGGGGGCUUCCUGCGCGUGCCGGAGGAGUCUUCCUCGGAGGUCACAUCCUCCUCCAACGGCCUGGUGCUGCCCUCCGGCGUCAACAUGUCACCCUCGUCCCUGGACUCGCACGACUACUGCGACCAGGAUCUAUGGCUCUGCGGCAACGACGCCGGCCCCUACGGCAACAGCAACGGCAGCGGUGUCGCCCAGCAGCUGCAACAGCAGCAGCAGCAACAGCAGCAGCAGCAGCAGAGCGUCAUCGCCCUGGCGAUGCACGGCUGCUCCAGCACCCUGCCCGCGCAGACCACCAUCAUUCCCAUCAACAAUGGCUCCAGCAAUGGCUCGAAUGGGAAUAAUGGCCACUACGUUCCGGGUGCCACCAAUCUGGGCGCCCUGGCCAACGGACUCGGCCUGGUCAACGGUCAAGGGCUGCUCAACGGCAUGCAGCAGCAGCAGCAACAGCAGCAGCAGCAGCAGCAGAUGCAGAAUGGACACGGGCUCAUCAAUUCCACAACGCCCUCGAUCACGGCCCCCCUGCUUCUGCAACAGAACGGUCUGGGCGGCGGAGGCGGCGUCAAUGGAAUGGGCCUCAAUUCGCAUCAUCACACAAAUGGCAAUUCGAAUGGCCUCCUCGGAGGCGGCAACAUCGGUGUCGGUGGCAUCGGUGGUGUAGGAGGUGGAGCAGGUGGCGGCGGUGUCAUGGGCAUGGCCAUGCAGCACACACCGCGCAGUGAUUCAGCAAAUUCCAUUUCAUCAGGUCGCGAUGAUCUCUCGCCCUCGAGCAGCCUGAACGGAUAUUCGGCGAACGAGGGCUGCGAUGCGAAGAAGAGCAAGAAGGGCCCGGCGCCGCGGGUGCAGGAGGAGCUGUGCCUCGUGUGCGGGGACAGGGCCUCCGGCUACCACUACAAUGCCCUCACCUGCGAGGGCUGCAAGGGCUUCUUCCGGCGCAGCGUCACCAAGAGCGCCGUCUACUGCUGCAAGUUCGGGCGGGCGUGCGAGAUGGACAUGUACAUGCGGAGGAAGUGCCAGGAGUGCCGCCUGAAGAAGUGCCUGGCGGUGGGCAUGCGGCCGGAGUGCGUCGUCCCGGAGAACCAGUGCGCGAUGAAGCGGCGCGAGAAGAAGGCCCAGAAGGAGAAGGACAAGAUGACCACCUCGCCCAGCUCCCAGCACGGCGGCAAUGGCGCCGGGGGUGGUAAUAGUGUGGGCGGCGGCUCCAGCCUUGGCGGCGGCAGCGUCGGUGGUACCCACGACUACGUGAAGAAGGAGAUUCUCGAUCUGAUGACAUGCGAGGCGCCGCAGCAUGCCACAAUUCCGCUACUACCUGAUGAUAUUUUGGCCAAGUGUCAAGCGCGCAAUAUACCUCCACUAACGUACAAUCAGUUGGCCGUUAUAUAUAAGCUAAUUUGGUAUCAGGAUGGCUACGAGCAGCCCUCCGAAGAGGAUCUCAGGCGUAUAAUGAGUACCCCGGAUGAGAACGAGAGCCAGACGGAUGUCAGCUUUCGACACAUCACCGAGAUAACCAUACUCACGGUCCAGUUGAUCGUUGAGUUUGCUAAAGGUCUACCAGCGUUUACAAAGAUACCCCAGGAGGAUCAGAUCACGUUACUGAAGGCCUGCUCAUCGGAGGUCAUGAUGUUGCGCAUGGCGCGGCGCUACGAUCACAAUUCGGACUCGAUAUUCUUUGCGAAUAACCGAUCCUACACGCGGGACUCGUACAAAAUGGCCGGAAUGGCGGACAACAUCGAGGACCUACUGCACUUCUGCCGCCAGAUGUUCUCGAUGAAGGUGGACAAUGUCGAAUACGCGCUACUCACUGCCAUUGUGAUCUUCUCGGACCGGCCGGGCCUGGAGAAGGCCCAGCUGGUGGAGGCGAUACAGAGCUACUACAUCGACACGCUACGCAUUUAUAUACUCAACCGCCACUGCGGCGACACCAUGAGCCUCGUCUUCUACGCCAAGCUCCUCUCCAUCCUCACCGAGCUGCGCACCCUGGGCAACCAGAACGCCGAGAUGUGCUUCUCGCUGAAGCUCAAGAACCGCAAGCUGCCCAAGUUCCUCGAGGAGAUCUGGGACGUCCACGCCAUCCCGCCCUCGGUGCAGUCGCAUCUGCAGGCCCAGCAGGAGGAGAACGAGCGCAUGGUGCGGGCGGAACGAAUGCGCGGUGCCGUUGGCGGGGCGAUUACCGCCGGUCUGGAUGCCGACUCCGCUUCCACCUCACAGGCGGCGGCUGCGGCGGCCGCCCACCACCAGCAUCAGCACCUUCCGCUGCCCAAUCACACGCUGCCGCAGCCGCAACCGCAGCCACUGCCCCAGCCGCAGCCGCAGCCUCUGUCUCUGCCUCUGCCUCUGCCAGUUCCCUCCGCCCCAGUCUCCAUCUCUGUUCCCGCCACUGCGUCUGUUUCCGUCUCUGGGACCGGCUCUGCAACCAGCUCCGGAUCCGUGUCGGCCGUGAGCACCAGCAGCGAUUACAUCGGCGGCGGUGGCGGAGCCAUGGGCCCCACCACUGCGGCAGCCACCUCCUCCACCAGCAUCACGGCGGCGGUGCCCGCCAGCUCGACUACAGCGGCGGUGGGCAACGGCGCUGCGCCCGUCAGCAUGUACGCGAACGCCCAGACGGCCAUGGCACUGAUGGGCGUGCCGCUGCAUCCGCAUCAGGAGCAGCUGAUCGCCGGCGUGGCGGUCAAGUCAGAGCACUCGACGACGGCAUAGCCCCUGCCCCACCAUCAGCAGCAGCAGCACCACCACACCAUCCUGCACGAGGUGGUGGGCGGGGUCCUGCUCGAC